AUGAAGGUGUUCUUGACGUGGUGCUUAGCUUUAUUUGCGGUUUCCGCUGCGGCUGGUGGUUCUACACAAUGCCCCUGUCGGCCCGAGACAAUGUGGUUGGACUUGAUUUUUGUGGUGGAAAGUACGGAUGCUGUGUCAAAGGAUGGCAUUGAGCAGAUCGAAAACUUCGUCAAAACAGCCCUGCUUCAAACCCGAAUCAGCCAAGAUCAUCUUCGUGUCGGUGCUAUUGCAUAUUCUGGGGAAAUCACUGUCGCUGCCAACCUAACAGGCUUCACCUCUACGGCCCAUCUGCUAGACUCGUUUUCUCUGCCUUUCCAAGGAUCAUCCACUAAUGAUGCAGAGAGUGCACUGCGAAAAGCGACCGAGAUGUUCCAACAAGAUCAUCGUCCAAAUGUUCGAAAAGUAGCUGUUCUUAUUGCAGCUUCUCUAAACACUAUCGAAUCGAUGCCGAUCGAGAUUGGCAACGACUUCAGGGAGGAUGGUGGUGUAUUGAUUGCCAUAGAAUUCGUCUCGACGCACGGUGCUGCCGUACCUGCAAUCCAUCAACUUGCUUCUUCCGGCUACGUCCUUAGUACCAAGUCGGAAAGCCUGCACGUCGUGGACCUGGUCGGAGCGUUGUGUGACGCGAACUGCUACUGCGCUCCUGGGCAUUUCCCAUUGUCGAACAACACCCGGAAGACGCCGGAUCUUGGAUGCUUCUUACCGGCUUCGGUUCCGAUUGAUCGUGACUCUGCGGACAAAGCGUGUUCUGCGGCUCAUCCUGGAGCUCAUUUGGCAGUUGUAAAAGACGAUAUGACAAAUGAACUUCUGUUUAAAUCCAAUAACUGGGAGGGCGCCUCACUUUGGCUUGGAGGGCGUUAUUCUAAUGGUAUGGUCCAUUGGGAUAGAGAAGGCACGUCCUCCGCCGCCGUCUCUACAUACUCUCAUCCGCUCCUAAUGUCAACCCUCAAGGGUGACUGUAUUUACGCAAAGCAAGUUGGAUCAAAGAUAAACUGGUACGUCUCGAGCUGCCAGACGCCUCAGAUGUUCGUCUGCCAAAGUACGCCUUACUCCACUGCUAAUCGCGCUACCAUGCAUCCACAUGCCGUCUACAAGAAGCUGGAUCAGCGCUACAAGGAU